CGCUUCAGUGCAGCGCCGAUCAACGGAACGGAUCCGAUCUGGACUGGACUGUACUGGAGAGACACAGGUUGCCCUAGAAAAGCCAGGCGAAACCAUCGGUAGCCAUGAAGUUCGCCGAGCACCUGUCGGCGCACAUAACGCCUGAGUGGCGCAAACAAUACAUCAACUAUGAGGAAAUGAAGGCCAUGCUCUAUUUGGCCGUGGAGGAGGCGCCAUCGGUGGAGAGUGUCGAGGACGAUGUGCUGAAGCGGCAUUUCGCCAACUUCGAUGAGAACUUCUUUCACUACUGCGACAAGGAGCUGAAGAAGAUCAACACCUUCUACUCGGAGAAGCUGGCGGAGGCCACGCGCAAGUUUGCCACCCUGAAUGCCGAGCUAAAGACCUCCAUCGAGGAGUCGGAACGGAGUGCCAAGAAGUCAAAGUCAAAGAGCCAGAAGCGGCAUGCGGCGCUGCCCGAUCGCAAGGCCCGCGAACUGAAGUUGGCCUUCAGCGAGUUCUACCUGAGUCUGAUCCUCCUGCAGAACUACCAGAAUCUGAAUCACACCGGCUUUCGUAAAAUACUCAAGAAGCACGAUAAACUCUUGCGUGUUGACAGCGGUGCCAAGUGGCGGCAGGAGUAUGUGGAGGCGUCGCACUUCUUCACCAACAAGGACAUCGACAAUAUUAUCAAUGAGACAGAGACCACGGUCACUGGCGAGCUGGAGGGCGGCGAUCGUCAGCGGGCCAUGAAGAGGCUACGCGUACCGCCGCUGGGCGAGCAGCAGAGUCCGUGGACGACCUUCAAAGUGGGCCUCUUCUCGGGCAGCUUCAUAGUGCUGGGCAUUGUGGUGGUGCUGUCGGCCAUCUUCCACGAGAUUAGCGGCGAGAAUCUGAAGGUCACGUUCCGCCUGUAUCGCGGUCCCCUGCUCAUCAUCGAGUUCAUCUUCCUGAUCGGCGUCAAUAUCUACGGCUGGCGAUCGUCGGGCGUGAAUCAUGUGCUAAUCUUUGAGCUCGAUCCGCGGAAUCAUCUAUCCGAGCAGCAUUUAAUGGAGCUGGCGGCGAUAUUCGGUGUCGUGUGGACGCUCAGCAUGCUGAGUUUCCUGUAUAGCGCCAGUUUGGCCAUACCGGCGUUUAUUAAUCCGCUGACGCUCACGCUGAUUAUGGUGCUCUUCCUGGCCAAUCCGUUUCAUGUGCUCCACCACGACGCUCGCUUUUGGCUGUGGCGAAUCACGGGUCGUUGCCUCUCAGCGCCGUUCUUUCAUGUGGGCUUCGCUGAUUUCUGGCUGGGCGAUCAGCUGAAUUCGCUGGCCACCGCUAUUUUGGACUUUGAGUAUCUCAUUUGUUUCUACUUCACCAAUGGCAACUGGACGGAGGCGAGGGAUGCCUCGAUUUGCAUGGAGAAGGACUUUAUCAUCAGACCAAUUGUGAAUUGCCUGCCCGCCUGGUUCCGGUUUGCCCAGUGCCUGCGGCGAUAUCGGGACUCGCGGGAGGCCUUUCCCCAUUUGGUCAAUGCCGGCAAAUACUCCACCACCUUCCUGGUGGUGAUCUUCGCCACCCUCAAGAGCUUUCACAGUCCAAACUAUGCCAGCACCUUUGACAAUCCCUACACCUGGCUGUGGAUCAUCGCCUCGAUUGUGUCCUCCUGCUAUGCCUACACCUGGGACAUCAAGAUGGAUUGGGGUCUGUUCGACAAGAAUGCCGGCGAGAAUACGUUCCUGCGCGAGGAGGUGGUCUACUCAUCGACGGGUUUCUACUACUUUGCCAUUGUGGAAGAUCUGGCGCUACGCUUCAUUUGGGUGCUCUCCUUCUACCUCACCGAGAUGAAGAUCGUGAGCAGCGACAUAAUGACCUCCAUCACGGGCAUUUUGGAGGUGUUCCGCCGCUUCGUUUGGAACUUUUUCCGUUUGGAGAACGAACAUCUGAACAAUUGCGGCAAGUUCCGAGCCGUGCGAGACAUCUCGAUAGCGCCGCUGGACUCCUCCGACCAGGCGCUCAUCCUGCGCAUGAUGGACGAGGCCGAUGGGGUGAUCAAUCGCUACACGAAGACGAACCGGCCGAAGCCCAAGAAGGUCAAGGAUCCGGAGAAGCGGAGCCUGCUGCAGACGCGCGGUUCACUGCCCGAUCUCAGGAUCGAUAUGGACAGUAAAAAGUUGUAGGCCCGCCACCGAAUUGUGCUUCCUAACGAAAGAUUUUGCGGAACGACAGAGCCUAUCGAUAAUUCAAUUUACACUAUUUUUUUGUAAUCAUACACGUUCUUUUUUUUUUUAUUUGCGUUGUUUAGCUAAUUUGUAUAUUUAGUGACUAAGUACUUAAAGUUGAGGAGCGACAAUGUCCAGCAAUAAUUAGUGCCUAAGAAUUCGAACUAAUUUAGCAUUCCAUUUAUGCGGUUAAACUAACUAACGAGAAAGACCAAACCUAUACCUUUAUAUAUAUAUAUAUCCUGUAACCUAUGCCCCUAAGCCACACGUUUCCAAAUCCAAUUCGAAAUCCAUACCUUCCACAAAGAAAAUACGAAAAAUUGGAGUAGAUAACGGCAGUAUUAGUACUUAGAAGAGG